AUGAACAACUUUGGCGUCAUAGAAGUAGCCUCGACAGCAACAAAAACCACCCCCGGCUGGGCCUACGUCCCCGACACCGGCCCCUCCCUGUCAGCCACCGCCCUCCAGCCAAAGAACCGCAAACGAGCCGCGCGGAAUACCCAGCCUGGGCUAAGCUUGUCCGACUUGACAGCUCGACAAGAAAACAAGCUGAGGAAAGAUCUCGAGGCGCUGAAUCGAGACAAUCAGAGGGACGUGAACAUUCCUGUUCCGAGUAGCAGUAGAUCGUGUACCUUGGACCCCCCCCUCCCUUCCUUUUCCCUUCCCCUAGAAGAGUGGCGGUAG